UUUAUCUCAUCUUGUAUCCAAACCUGCCUCCUCUCCUGAGUCAAAAUGCGCCGUCUGUACAGACGAAUAUUUUCGUACGUUCCCUUUUGCAUUAUUCUGUGCAGUAAGAGACUAAUCGUCACUGUACAAACUACAAACUCAAAGCCCCAAACCUCUGGCGCUCUGUCUCUCUCCCUCUCUUUUCUCUCGCAACACACAACCUGUUACCUCACCCCCUGUGUCUUUCUCCGGUCUUGAAGUUACGGUCGUCUCUCUCUCUCUCUCUUGCCUCGGUCAACUCCGCCAAUGAAGCAGCUUAGACUCCAUCCUACCACUGCUUUCGUAAAAACAGAGUCUUUUAGAUGACGAAACUACCCUCCUCCGCUUCCGCCGUAGGCGUCAUUCUUACCAUCCUUGUCAUCAUCUCUAGGACACCUUCAACCCAUGCGCUCGGCUCCGGCGCUACCCUUGCCAUCAGCUUCGAUUCCGCCACUGUCUGCGGCAUCGUCGCCUUGCAACCCAAGCAAAGCAUCCAAUGCUACCGACGUGGCCAAAUCAUCUCCGUCCUGCCCAACGUCAGCUUCUCCUCAAUCUCUGGCGGCCGUAACUUCUUCUGUGGCCUCCGCUCCGGUGGCUACAGCUUCUUUUGCUGGUUCACCACUGAGUUUCCCAACAGUACCUUAGAUCCCCAACGGGUUUACUUCAACAACACUGUUCUAUUAGGGAACCUUUCGGUCGGUGACGACCAAAUCUGCGCCACGGUGAUUCGUACAGGCUCCGUCAAGUGCUGGAGAGAUAGCGGCGCGGUUGGACUGCCACCUGCGUCCGAUGCGUUUGUGUCAAUAUCGUCUGGGUUUGGAUUCUCUUGCGGUAUUUUGAGGGACAGCAAUCAGGUUCGCUGCUGGGGUAAAAAUACAGUUUUAGCGAAUCAGACACAGACAGAAUUUGGGAACAUGUCGAUGAAGAGUAUUGUAGCGGGUGGCUCACAUGUUUGCGGGGUGAAUUCCACUGGGUUUGUGGUUUGCAAAGGACACAACGAUUCUGGGCAGUUGAAUGUUCCUUCGAAUUGGCCGUGGGAGUUCUCGUCAUUGGCGCUUGGAGCGAACCAUAGUUGUGGAAUUAGGCGAGAAAAUGAAUCGGUUGUGUGUUGGGGUGGGGAAGGGCAGUAUUCAGUGAAUAUGACACAAGGGGUUUCGUUUACAACGAUUGCUUCCGGGUCGAAUUUUACUUGUGGCUUAACUACGAGAAAUUUAUCGAUUAUAUGUUGGGGACCCGGGUGGCCUGGCGAGGCUAAUUCUAGUUUAAUGUCUGAUCUUCCUAAAAUUCUUCCAGGGCCUUGUGAUAAUUCUUCCUGUGGCGAGUGUGGUCUGUAUCCGCUAUCUCAGAUUUUGUGCUCUGGUUUUGGGAAUAUUUGCAGGCCCUGUCUGACUCAAAUUUCAAUGCCGCCGCCGCCGCCGCCAGUAUCAUUUCCACCAGGGGCAACGGGUUCAUCUCCAUCGAAGGGAUUGAGGCGGGGUUUAUUGGCUUUUUGCAUUGUAGGGUCGGUUGGAGCUUUCGCUGGUAUUUGCACAGUAAUCUACUGCUUGUGGACUGGAGUUUGUUUUGGGAAGAAAAAAGUGCAUAAUUCAGUGCAACCCACAAUUACCAGAGAUCCCAGUUCUAACAAUGGCACAACCUCAAACAAUAGUCCGCCUUCGAGAUCAUCCACCAUUAGGCGUCAGGGUUCGAGAAUUAUGAGGCGCCAGAGGAGUGGAACCUCAUCCAAGCACGCAGACAGGGCUGAGGAAUUUUCAUUAGGCGAGCUUGCAGUAGCCACCAACAAUUUCUCCCUAGAGAACAAGCUUGGUGCUGGAAGCUUUGGUGUUGUGUACAGAGGCAAGUUAACAGAUGGCCGAGAGGUUGCGAUCAAAAGGGGAGAAACGGGUCCAAAGACGAAGAAAUUUCAAGAGAAAGAAAGUGCAUUUGAUUCAGAGUUGGCUUUCUUGUCCCGUCUUCACCACAAACACUUGGUCAGGCUUGUUGGGUAUUGCGAGGAAAAUGAUGAAAGGCUCUUGGUUUACGAGCACAUGAAGAACGGUGCUCUUUAUGAUCAUUUGCAUGACAAAAACAAUGUGGAAAAGAGUAGUAGUGUUUUGAAUUCUUGGAAGAUGAGGAUAAAAAUCGCGUUAGAUGCAGCCAGAGGGAUUGAAUAUCUUCAUAAUUAUGCAGUGCCAACAAUAAUUCACAGAGACAUCAAGUCCUCUAACAUAUUACUCGAUGCCAAUUGGACAGCAAGAGUAUCUGACUUUGGAUUAUCAUUAAUGGGUCCAGAAUCCGAUCAUGAUUACAGACCGACGAAAGCAGCCGGAACUGUUGGUUACAUUGAUCCUGAAUACUAUGGUCUAAAUGUAUUGACGGCAAAGAGUGAUGUUUAUGGACUUGGAAUAGUACUAUUAGAGCUUUUGACAGGAAAGAGAGCAAUAUUCAGGAACGGUGAAGAUGGAGGAGCACCCAUAAGUGUGGUGGACUUUGCAGUGCCAGCAAUUAUGGCCGGAGACUUGGUAAAGAUCCUAGACUCCAGGGUUGGGCCACCAGAGCUGAAUGAAGUAGAAGCAGUGGAGCUGAUGGCCUAUACUGCACUGCAUUGUGUGAAUUUGGAAGGGAAGGACAGGCCAACAAUGGCUGACAUUGUGGCUAAUUUGGACAGGGCAUUGGCUGUCUGUGAUGUUAGUCAUGGGAGCAUCUCUAGUGUGUAGGAUUUCGUGAACACUGACAGCCAGGAAGAACGAUGAUUACAUGAUUUACUUUCAAGGAGAAGGCAUUCUUUUUGCUUUGUUCUAAAGUUGCUAAGAAGCUUUCAAUAUUUCCAUCA